UUUUCAUCAUUCAAACACCAAAUAUUCCUCGGACACUCUCACUUUUUUUUCAUCUCGGUUUCUUGCUCUCUUUUUAUUUAUCUUAUUCUUCAAUAUUAGCUACAAUGUAUCAAGCAGCAGAGUCAUCUUGGGCUGGAAAUUACCACAACAACAUAGCAACAAGGCGUGGAUCGUCAUCGUCGUCAGACCCGUUGGAGAGGGUUGUGAGGCUGGCGUCAGGAAGCGCGGUGGUGAUAUUCAGCGUGAGCACAUGUUGCAUGUGUCAUGCAGUGAAGAGGCUGUUUUGUGGAAUGGGAGUGCACCCUACGGUGUACGAAUUGGACCAAGACCCCAAAGGCAACGAAAUGGAGAGAGCACUCUCUAGGCUUUUAGGCAACGCUCCUGCAGUCCCUGUUGUCUUCAUUGGUGGAAAACUAAUUGGAGCAAUGGAUAGAGUUAUGGCUUCUCAUAUUAAUGGCACUCUUGUCCCACUUCUCAAGGAAGCCGGUGCUCUCUGGCUUUGAUUUGACCAAAAAAUAGCAGGAUUAGGUUGAUGGAUGGAUUAUUCCUCCAUUUUUUAUUUUUGGUUUCCUUAAUUAAUGUGCUUUAAGUUUUGUAGCUAAGUAUGUUAUAGUUGAUAUAAUGCGUCAAUUUAGCUAGUAACUGUUUAAUUUCAUGGCAACCUUGUAGUUGAUGCGCUGAUGCAUGUAUUUCAUGAUUAGCUAUCUCUUGUUGUAGAUAUAAUCCAGAA